AUGUUCCUGGCUAAAGCUCUGCUGAGCGGCGGCAGUGGUGGUGGCCGUGGAGGGGACCUCGUGCGUGGCCUCGGGGGGCUCCUGAGCGGAGGCGGCCAAGGAGGCAACGUGGGAGGACUCCUUGGAGGUCUCGUCAACCUCCUGAGCGAAGCAGCAGCUCAGUACACGCCAGAGCCGCCGCCUCCCCGCGGCCAUUUUACCAAUGUGGAAGCGUAUGAGAGCGAGGAGGUGAAGCAGUUUCGCUGUCUUUUUGCCCAGCUGGCUGGAAGCGACAUGGAAGUGAGCGCCUCGGAGCUCAUGCACAUCCUGAACAAAGUGCUGUCCAGACACCAAGACCUGAAGACCGACGGCUUCAGCUUGGACACGUGCCGCAGCAUGGUGGCCAUCAUGGACAGCGACACGACGGGCAAACUGGGCUUCGAAGAGUUCAAGUAUCUGUGGAAGAACAUCAAGAAAUGGCAGUGCGUGUUCAAACAGUUCGACACGGAGCGGGCGGGCGCCGUGGGGGACGAGCACGGCGCCCUCGACUUCAACAGCUUCAUCAGCUGCCUGGUGCGGCUGGACGGGAUGUUCCGCGCCUUCAAGGCCCUGGACCACGACGGCCAUGGGCAGGUUGACAUGACCCUCCAGGACUGGCUGCAGCUGACCAUGUAUUCGUGA